AUGCUCCGCCUCGCCUCGACCGUCGUCGCCCUCGUUGCCCUGUCGUCCCUUGCGGCCGCUCAGACGGCAGCAGAGGUCGACACCGAGCAGCAGACCCUCGCGACCGUCAUUCCUGGAUCGUGCUCGGACGUCUGCGGCACCUGGCUCUCGUCUCUCGCCACCUGCCCCGGCCCGACCGACGACGCCGGCUACUCGGCGUGCGUCUGCGACGCGACCUUUGUCUCCAACUUUGACACGUGUGCGGGCUGCCUCGCCACCGACCUCGCCACGAGCGACGCCGCCAACGCCGCGACCGCGAGCACGGCACCGGCGGACCUGUCGGGCUACUGCGCCGCGGCCGGCACGAUCGUCUCGACGACCUCGUCCGACCUCGUCUCGUCGACCGAGACGUCCACUUCCUCGUCGACCGACCUCGCCACCUCGUCGUCGUCCGUCGGCCCCGACUCGGCCUCGAGCACGACGUCGACGGGCACGCGCACCUACUCGGUCCAGAUCCCGACCAUCACGACCCCGACCGUCACCUUUUCGGCAACGACGUCGACCGUGUCGCUCUCGUCGGGCGCGAGUUCUAUGUCGACCGACAACGUCGUCACGGUCAAGCUCACCGAGGCCGGCAUGCCGUUCCCGACUCAGAGCAAGAGCGGCAACGCGUUCGUGAGCGGCGCUCAGGGCGCGUUCGAGCGCCGCUCGGUCGUCGGCGCGCUCGUCGCCCUCGGUGCCGUCGCGGGCGCCAUGAUGCUCGCCUAG